UAUUAAGCAGCAAACAUAACCCACAGGUCCUAGGUUGAGGCAUAACCAUAAAGUCUUAGAAGAACUGUAAUCAUGGCCGGAGAUAAUAGCAAAGCCAGCAUAUCUGGUGAUGGGAUGAACCAAAGAAAAACAAUCUCUCCAUACGACAUAAUAUCUAAUGAUAAUCCUAGAAUUGUGAUAACACAUGUACAGUUAAAAGGCGACAACUAUGAUGAAUGGGCUCGGUCUAUGAGGACAGCCUUGAGAGCAAGAAAGAAGUUUGGUUUUAUCGACGGAACAAUCAAACAACCAGAUGAGGAAUCCCCAGAUCUUGAAGAUUGGUGGACCAUUAACUCGCUGUUGGUUUCCUGGAUUAGGAAUACCAUUGAGUCCACUCUUCGCUCAAUCAUAUCGCAUAUGGAAGUGGCUCAAGAUUUGUGGAUAGAUAUUAGAGAAUGUUUUUCAGUAGCCAAUGGCUCAAGGAUACAACAAUUGAAGGCUGAACUUGCUAAAUGUAAACAGAAGGGUUUGGCCAUUGUGGACUACUAUGGAAAAUUGAAGAAAUUAUGGGAAGAACUUGGUAAUUUUGACCAAAUACCGACCUGCAAGCGUGGAAAGUGCACGUGUGAUCUCGGGUCUGUUCUAGAAAAGAAACGAGAAGAAGAAAAGAUGCACUUGUUUCUCAUGGGAUUGGAUGAGACGAUAUAUGGUACAGUGAGAUCUAAUAUUCUUGCUCAAGACCCAUUGCCAAGUCUAAACAGAGUUUACGCAACAUUAGUGCAAGAAGAAAGAAUGAAGAUAAUAGCUCGUGGAAAAGAAGAACGAAGUGAUGUCAUGGCUUUUGUAGUUCAAGGUACGGCUACCUACUGUGGUCGUAGCGAAGGAAAGGACAAGAACAUGAUCUGUUCUAAUUGUAAGCGCACUAGCCAUGAGUCAGAUAAUUGUUUCCAGCUUAUUGGCUUUCCAGAUUUGUGGGGUGAUCGACCUCGUGGUGAUGGGAAAAUGGGCAAUCGUGGUAGAGGACAACAGCAACAACAGAAAAUCGGUACAGGUGGAGGCCGAGGACGUGGUGGUGCUUCGCGUGCCAAUGUUGUCCAAACUGUAGGAGGAAGUUCUUUAGCAACAUUAGCACCUGAUGAAGAAAGAAAGGGGACUAUUGGGCUGAAUAAUAAGCAGUGGCAAACCUUAUUACAGAUGUUGAACAAUAAAAAGCCAUAUGUGAAUGAGAAGAUGACUGGUAAGCAUAUCGAUAUUCCUUGGAUAAUUGACCCAGAAACAUCCAAUCAUAUGACAGGACCGCACUUUGAAGAUGAUGAUUGGUAUGGGUGAACUAAGAGAUGGACUCUAUUAUUUCCAGAACAUAUCGCGCAUAAAAGCCAUGAAGGUGGAAGGUGUGAACUCUCUCGAUCUUUGGCACAAGAGAUUGGGUCAUCCUUCUCUGAAAGUGACUAAGUUAAUUCUAAGAGUAGAUUUUAGCAAUGGAAGUGAUAUUCUGAAUAAAAGCUGUGAUGUAUGUCAACGCGCAAAACAAACAAGAAAUACAUUUCCUCUCAAUGAUCAUAGAGCU